AAAGAAACGGAGGGACGAGGGAGUAGUACGACUGAUAAGUAGAUAUAAAAAAGGAUGACAAAUCCCUUUUCUUUUCUGGGCAGAGCUAUUGUUGGAAUAAGAGAUUAGGCGUGUGGCUGUCACGGCGUCGUUUUCCACACUCAACGCAUCAACCCACCUACCCUGUGAUUCAUUCCUGAGCAAAUGGAUCUCUUGUUCAGAGCCAUGGCUGAGGACUCAUCACCUUGUCAGGAACACAUUGUGAGGUGUCCUUUCCUGCGCAACAUCAAUCACGCUACCAGCUUCUCCUUUUCCUCCUCCAUUGCGGCAACACUCCCCGCAAGGGAAUCAAAAGGCCCUAUAUUUGAGGAUGGUCCCAGUUUUGAUAUGGCUUUUAGGCUUUUCCAUGGGCAAGAUGGUGUUGUUCCACUUUCUGGAAGGUCUUUCUUUGAGGCGGAAAAUGUGGAAUCUGGACCCUCCGAGCCAAAGUUUAAUCCUCUUGCAGCAAAAGCAGCGACCAUUAGUCUUUCAUCUUUUGGACCUGGGGGACCCUUUGGUUUUGAUUCAUUUUCUGAGAUGUGGAAGAAUCAGAAAAAGAACAUUAAAUCCCAGAAACAAGGUUCUUCUACAAAGGGAGGAAGUUCAAAGCAUGAGGCUAUGUCUAAUGAGUGGUUGCAAACUGGGAAUUGUCCAAUGGCCAAGUCAUUCAGAGCAGUGAGCCAUGUGCUGCCACUUGUGGCAAAAGCCCUUCAGCCCCCUGCUGGUAUUAAUAUGAAGUGCCCCCCUGCAAUAGUUGCAGCAAGGGCUGCUAUAUCACGGACUGCCCUAGCCAAAAAUCUCAGGCCACAGCCUCUACCUGCAAAAAUACUUGCAAUUGGCGCCCUGGGCAUGGCUGCAAAUAUUCCUUUGGGUAUAUGGCGAGAACACACAGAAAAAUUCUCACUCUCUUGGUUUGUGGCAGUCCAUGCAGCUGUUCCAUUUAUAGGCAUGCUUAGGAAAUCGGUGUUAAUGCCUAAAACAGCCAUGGCAUUGACAAUUGCAGCAUCAAUCCUAGGACAGGUUAUUGGCUCUAGGGCGGAGCGAUAUAGGCUGAAGGCCAUUGCUGAGAGAAAGCUGGCUCCUACAUAUUCCUCUAUCCCUGUUUCUAGUCUGGGAGUAGAAAAUGCCGGACACUGUGGCGAUACUGCUGAGUGGAAGACAGUUGCGGGCCCAACUUCAUCAACCCAGGUCUUCUAAUAUUUGAAGCUAUGAUCUUGAUUAUACAUACUUCUAUGUGUUGCAGAGUCUGCUGUGUGGCUAUCUAUAUGUUUUAUUUCUAUUUAAAUUGGAGUUAAGACACAAGAGUUGUCAUUCAACAACUUCAUUGUUAUCAAACAUGGAAGUUAUUAUAAAUCUUCUUAUAAGCA